AUGUCCAGACCGGGUUCCGCGACAGGUCAUGCCCCGCCUGSCCUGCCGAUAACGUCUGCGACGUCGAUUUCGUCUGCCCAGGAUGUUUUCUCGAACAGGGAAAGCCCCGAUGACCGUGGCCCCAGCCCUAGCUUUGCGCACCUCGUCCAUCCCCGGCCCGAGUUUGAGCACGAGCGCCACCAGCGAAUCCCAAUGGACAGGAACACGUCGCAUACUAAUUCUCUUGUCCAUUCCAAUCAUGGCCCUGCCAACCCUCAUCCUGCGCCGACCGCAUUCCCUCCCGGACGCGGUAGCACAAAAACCUUACCUCCACCUCCAUCAGAUGUUGCACUGAGAAGAUCUAGCACUACACCUGCUGAGCAGUUGGGAUCUUCUCGCGCUUUCUCUUCGACACGUUCGGACUCUCGCUCGCAGACUCCCCAACUCUCCGAGAGGGACAGCAUCUUCGCAACUCAUUAUCUCCCGUCCGAUACCAACGAUGCCGUCACUUCAUCUCCUCCCUCAUCGCUUUCUGUCCAAGAACAUCGCCAUGUUGACCAGGGCUCGAUAGGACUAACGAAGUCUGGUGACGCCCCUUCGUCCGCGACAGUGCCUAUAUCUGUUUUGUCGAAUCCAUUCGAAGGGCGGUCUGCCGUUGGCGGUUCUGGAUCUACCAACAACGAUCCGCCGCCUCGCACACUCAAAAAGGACGACGCCUCGUCACCUAGAAAAUAUAUGUCACGUCCAACUGUCUUUCGCCGUGCUUCUGAUCUACUGCUCCAGUCUCCUUCUGUGCCAUUGACUGGCUCACAUGUUGGCUGGGUAAAACAGCAAGAGACUGUCGAAAGUUCAAAGGUCGCCGGUACUCAUCGCAUUGCCAUCCGAGAAACCUUUCAUCCCUUAAGGAAGAUUGUAUCGGACGGCCACGAUAUCGAGAGUCCUAUCUCGCCUGAUCACGAUCAUCCUUUCCUUACCUCCUCCACUUCUGGCGAGUCUCGCUCUCAUAUCAACGACCCUCCCAUGUUGCACCCUCCUCUAACCAAUCACGACAUUGCACUGGCGGAUUCGUGGCAGAACGCGCGACAUUUAAGGAAUAGAGAUGGGACGGUGGAUGUCACUUGGGAUGGAGAUGCCAGUCAGAGUUCUAGCCGCGGCCGUAGCGCCCGGGUGGAGGAAUCAAUCGAAGCUAACUUGACGAAUGCUGAGCCUGCCGCUAACGUGCGAAGCCGCAAGUCUAGCCAUUAUUUAGGUUUAUUCAAAGAGAACACCACCUCGCCGGAUCGCAAGAGACGCGAGGGCAGAGAUCGGCCUACGGAACAUACGGCAAUUGUUGAGGAUCUCAAAGAAGAUGUAGCUGGAGAGGAGCAGGCCUCCCCAUCUACACCCCGACCAAGUCAUGCAGUUCUACACGGGCCACAGCAGCGGACGGAAUACGAAACCGAGCGCGCUGAAUCCUAUGAAGACGAGUCUACCCCACUAUCCGCACCGGUGGAACGAGUAGUGAACGUCGAUGUGGAGUUGUCACCUCAUGCUAUUCGAACCAUCCCGCGAAGUUUGUCAGAAGAAAUACGUAACUUCCACCUGACAUCUGGCGGUACACGUGGCAGCUCCUUCUCUCCAAGCAUCCCCACUCUAUACGCAGAAAAGCUUCGAAACGAAGCUCGUGACAAAUUUCAGCCUUCAUCGUCCGUCGAAGAAGAUAGGACGCCGAUUCGCGAUACCCGGACCCCGGAUAUCGCCCAGGAGGAUGAGGAAGACGAGCAUAUUUCGUCUGCGUUGUACUUCCCUCAUGAGGUCGCACCUGUAGAGGAAGAAGAGCCGUUUUCGGCAUACCGACAUGAGGAAGAAGAAUAUGAUCGCCUAAGACCGGCUGUCCGUGAUCAGCUAGAAACAGAACCAACUGGCCAUGUUGACAUAUCUCUACAUUCAAAAACUGAUGAUAGUGUCCUUCAUGGGGAUUAUCAACCACUUAGCGAUGCGGAAGAGAGGGCUUUUGCAACCGUUUCAGAGUACAGCCAGGAAACGGCAUCAGAAUCGGAGGCUGAAAGCACAUUGUCUACCCUAGAUGAGAUUUCGAGUCUGACAGACGAUGCGGAACAUCUAGCGCUGACGCCUACUCAGGCACAAAGGCAAUACCGCCAUCGCCGUAAGCAUACUAAAGGUGGACUCGUUGGCGCAGUGGAAUUGAAACCUUAUCGGCAUCAAGUGGGCGGACAUACCACCGUUUUUCGGUUUUCUCGGCGAGCGGUUUGCAAGCAACUCAAUAACCGCGAGAACGAGUUCUACGAACGUAUAGAAAGGCGGCACCCUGAAAUGCUGGUCUUUUUACCCAGGUAUAUUGGUGUUUUGAACGUGACUUUCUCAAAGAAGCCUAAACACUCAAAGAAACGCAGCAACGGCGCUAUCAAAAAAGCUAGUGAGGUUGCUGCGGAAGGACAACCUGCUGCACAUAGCUUCAAGAAGGAAACAGCCGGCAGUCUUCCCAAAGCUGCAGACCAGCCAAGAAUCUUCAGCCAGCAACAAACCACUGGCAUAAUCCCCAAAGUUACUAUUGAAAAUAACAGACAUAUUAUUCCCUCCGACCUUUUCCUAUCCUCUCCGCCACGGAACGGAGCCGAGACAAAACACCUGGAUUAUUUCUCCUCCGAUGAAUUAUCAAAAUCAGCAGACGACACGCCCAGAAAUUCUUUGGCGGAGGAUAUCGAUCGGCGAAUAAUACCACAAAUUGGGAAACCCAAAAUCUGGGGUGCUACCACUGUAAACAGAAAGCUAAAGGAGCAGGUUCUCCGCGAAGUCUUCAGUCCGCCGCCAAUUCAUCAUCAUAAUCGACGAUCAGUACGCAACCACCCUGGAUUGCCUCGAUAUCGUUCGGAAACUGGCCGAAUCAAUGGCGAUGGCGUAGAGGAUCACGCAUCCAGCGGAACUGGAAGUGGCGGAAAAUCGCCUGCGAGGAGUCUCGCAAUUGAUAUUGCGAAGGGUGGGGUCCCGGAUGGGCCUAACCUUGCUUCAUCCGUCUCAAGUGCAAUAGAAAGGCAUUCCAACCCAUUGGACAAGUUGAGAAGAUCAGAAACGCCUCCUCGGGCGAGCUCUUUAAGCAGCGACCGACGUGUCAGGCGACGACAUUCAGGUAGCGGAUUACUUAGACGAACAAGUAUCACAAGCGGCGAUGGUGACCUCAUGUUCUUUGAAGACGAUGGCUAUGGAGGCGACCACGAGGACGCAAUCUUUGCCAUGGAGGGUGACGUGUCUGAGCCCUCUCCUGCCGCACCAGUUCCACUUCGUACUCAUCCAAGUGCGCCCCGAUCUCCAAAUCCACACACUGUCAAGCUUGGUUCUCCGCUCCAAGUCGCAAGUCGCCCGUCUGAUGAGCCCGAACCGAUCCAUGUACCGACCAACCCUAAAGAAGCCCAAACAAAACAAGACGAGCGUGUUCAGUUCUUUAUUCUCUUGGAGGAUUUGACAGCUGGCAUGAAUAAACCAUGUGUUCUUGACUUGAAGAUGGGCACACGGCAGUACGGACUGUAUGCGGACGAGAAGAAGAAGAAAUCCCAGCGACGAAAAUGUCAAACGACAACAUCGCAGCAGUUAGGAGUACGGUUGUGCGGCAUGCAAACUUGGAACGUCAAGAAGCAGGAGUAUUUGUUCGAGGAUAAAUAUUACGGACGAGAUCUUUCCUCAGGCCGCGAAUUCCAAGAUGCUUUGACGCGGUUCCUCUACGAUGGCGUCAGUUACAGAAGUGUCGUCAAGAAGAUCCCAAGCAUUCUGCAGCAAUUGAGCACACUCGAAAGUAUGAUUCGGAAACUUCAUAGAUAUCGCUUCUACGCCAGCAGUCUCUUGAUUUUGUAUGAUGGUGACGCAGCCGGCAAAGGACAGGGUGGCGGUGAUUCCAAGGAUUCGCUAUCUACCGAGAAACCUCGUAUGACCCGGCGAGAGUCCGAAGAUUGGCACAACGACCAGGAUGUGAAGUUGAAGAUCGUGGAUUUUGCCAAUUGCGUUACAGGAGAAGAUGAGCUUCCUGCUGAUGUUUCUUGCCCGCCUCAUCAUCCCGGCGAUAUAGACCGUGGUUACCUCCGAGGUCUCCGCACACUGCGGAUGUACUUUCAACGAAUACUAAAAGAGGUCGGGCAAGAAGACGUUGUCGAGCGAGGCGAAGGGGAAGAUCUUGCUCCAGGCCACCGAAUUGCCAGCCGAGAGAACCCGGCAGAUGGAUUUUGGGUAGAAGGUGUCGUCGAGAGCGACCCAGGCGAAGUCAGCUUUUAA